AUGACGGUCACCGUGACCCUCCUGCUCCUGAGCCUCCUACGGACGGCGGCAGCCGAGGGCGGGUGGUGCCCUGCCUGCGGAGUGGCCGCGAUGGCUCCCGGAGCGCAGCGGGACGCGCUCCUGGCUCUGGCCAAGCGGAGCAUCCUGGCCAAGCUCCGCUUGCCAGCCCGGCCCAGCGUCCCGCAGCCGCCGGCCCGGGGGGCUCUGCUGACCGCGCUCCGCAGGAUGCGAGCGCAGCGCUCGGACACGGCCGCCGCCUUCCCAGGGAUGCUCCGAAACAGAUCCUCCACUUCCCACAGCGUCCGCCUGCAUUUCCGCUUCUCCCAGGAGGUGGCCGGGAGCACCGAGAUCCUGCAGGCCACCCUCUACCUGUUCUGGGCAGCCCCCGGCCGCGGGCCACAGCCCGUCACCGUCAGGAUCCUGCGGCCAGACCCGGCGGGGCCGAACGUGACGGUGGCCAGCGAGACCCGGCUGGAGGUGCAGAGAUCCGGCUGGACCACGCUGGACGUUGGAGCAGCCAUCCGGAGCCUCUUCGGACAAGAGACCCCUCGGCUCACGGUGGAACUGGAGGUGCCAGAGGACUGGGGGUCCCCUCUCCCAUCGGACCACAGCGAUUCCCACUGGCCAUUUGUGGUGGCCCAAGCCCAGGCCAGGACACCCCACCGCGUUCAUCGUCGCGGCGUCGACUGCGGCGCAGACUCGCGGAUGUGCUGCCGCCAGGAGUUCUUUGUGGACUUCAAGGAGAUCGGCUGGGAGGACUGGAUCAUCCAGCCAGAGGGGUACCACAUGAAUUACUGCACGGGGCUGUGCCCACUGCACAUGGCCGGCGUUCCCGGCCUCGCCGCCUCCUUCCACACCGCCGUCCUCAACCGCAUCAAGGCGGCGAGCGCGGCGGCGGCCGUGGACUCCUGCUGCGUUCCCACCCAGCGCCGGCCCCUCUCCCUGCUCUACUACGACCGGGACAGCAACAUCGUCAAGACCGACAUCCCCGACAUGAUCGUGGAUUCCUGCGGCUGCACCUGA